UGCAGCCUCCAGGGAGCCGGAGCCGGAGCGUGCGGGCGCCUGGCGGGGGCGGCCGGCCUCCCCCCGCCGUCCGAGCCGCAGAGCCGGCGGCCGCCGGGCAGCGGAUCCGUCUCUGUGAGAGCUUCUAAGGCAGAUCUGGAACUGCAGGAUUAAUGGAGACGCAAUGAAAGCCUAGUCAGCCUGCUUCCUGGGGACAGGGGACCGAUGCUGCCUUGCCCCAUGAGCUACGAUGGAGUUAGCUAAUACCAAAGACUUCCAGUGGAAAACCCUCGCUCCCCUCCCAAGCUGCAGGGUCUACUCGACCCUGGUGGAAGCUGGCGGCCAGGUGUUUGCCAUCGGGGGCUGCGAUGACAACGGCAUCCCCAUGGACUGCUUCGAGGUCUACUCACCUGAGGCCAACCAGUGGAACUCGCUCCCUCCCAUGCCCACAGCCCGGGCUGGAGUGGCUGUGGCCACCUUGGGCAAGCGAAUCAUGGUGAUAGGAGGGGUCGGAGUGAAUCAGAUGCCGCUGAAGAUAGUGGAGAUGUACAACAUAGAUGAGGGCAAGUGGAAGAAGAGGAACUCGCUGAGAGAAGCAGCCAUGGGCAUCUCAGUGACAGCAAAAGACUACAGAGUCUAUGCAGCUGGUGGGAUGGGAUCUGACCUGCGGCCACACAAUUACCUGCAGCAUUACGAUAUGCUCAAGGACAUCUGGGUGUCGCUGGCGGCAAUGCCCACACCCAGGUACGCUGCCACAUCCUUCCUGCGAGGCACCAAGAUCUAUGUGCUGGGUGGAAGGCAGUCCAAGUACGCAAUCAAUGCCUUUGAGGUCUUUGACACAGAGACCAGAUCAUGGACCAAGUUUCCCAACAUCCCCAACAAAAGGGCCUUCUCCAGCUUUGUGCCCACAGAAGACAAACUCUUCAGUCUUGGGGGCCUGCGGCAGGGCCGGCUCUACCGGCAGCCCAAGUUCAUGAGGACUGUGGAUGUGUUUGACAUUGAACAAGGUGGCUGGAUGAAGAUGGAGCGCUCCUCCUACUUGAAGAAAAGGCGAGCAGACUUUGUGGCCGGCUACCUGAAAGGGAGAGUCAUUGUGGCUGGGGGACUAGGAAACCAGCCAACUGUCCUGGAGUCUGUGGAGGCCUUCCACCCUGAGAAGAGCAAAUGGGAGAGCCUGCCCCCCAUGCCCACCCCACGCUGUGCCUGUUCCAGCAUCGUGGUCAGGAACUGCCUGCUGACUGUCGGUGGGGUGAACCAGGGCCUGAGCAGCGCUGUGGAGGCUCUGUGUGUCUCUGAUUCCUAGGUGGCUCCUGUGGAAGACCCUGCUGCAUCAAGCAGCAGUGGAGGUGCUGCUGCUGGGCUGGCUCCUGGCAGUGCAGAGGCUGCGUGAGCACCGCCUGAGCUGCACUAGGAGCCUGGCAGCUCUCUGCUCUGCCUGCUGGUAGCUAAAAACCAGCCUUGCUCUGAAGCUGUGGCCAGCAGGAGCCUGUAGCCAGGGCAGUUGUUCCUCUCCCUCCUGCUGCAGGUCCAGCCCUACAGAGGGAUGGUGGAAGGAGACAGCCCCCAUGGAGCACUUUAGCCAGGGUCUCCUCCAAUAGCCUUCAGAGCUCUACAGGGAAACCCAGAUGAAGGAGCUGCUCACAGAGCUGGUACAUCGUGUCUCACGUCAGCAGGAAGGACCCUGGAGCUCAGGGCAUGGGCAAGCACCUCCAUCCUACUGUCCUGACCCACUGUCAAAUGACAAGGGUUCAGAAGUGCUAGGAGUAUCCAGACGGGUCAAUGGGUGUUCAGGGUGAGCUGAGGUGAGGUUGCCCUUUCCGAGCACCCUGUGAUCUAUGUGUGCUUCCUUGCACAGAUGCCCUUGGCUUACAACAAGGGAAACUCUGAAUCUACAGCCACGUUUUGGGGGGUAGGGUGGGGAUCAUGCUUUUGCCUUCAUAGCAAGACUUUUGCUGCAAACCUGUAGCAUUUGACUGUUGCUUUGCCAGGUGCUGGAGCAAGGGGCUGCCAGCGCAACCGGGAGGGAUGAAAGCCUGCAGACAGUUUCAGUCGGAGCAAGACCUUGCUUUUAGUGCAGGACUAGCACAGAAACUGCCUUUGCUGGGUUUCAUGCAUGGAUGGCCUCAACCUGUGAUGCUCCAACUCAGUUCUUAGCCCUUUUAAUUCUCUGCCCAGUCUUUGGAUGAAGGAGCAAAUAUGAGCCCUGCCUCUGACUCUAGAGCUCUCUCAUCCCCUGAGUCUGGGUGGUGGCUUUGGUUAAAGCUUUGCUUUGGCAGAGAAGGCAAAAGACCCUGGCCAUCGCUUCCUCUUCGUUUGGUUUGCAGCUUCCUGAGCAGUUUGAGCUGAGGGCUGUCUGAACUAUUGCUUACAGUUCUAGCUUGCAGCAGUUGCACCAUUAACAACUGUCUUCAGAAGAGCUCUCGGCCAAGCCCUGUCUGUGCGAAGGGUGGCCUCAGGGCCAUCUCUGUUGCAAUUGUAGAGAAAGGGGGGACCUGGACUAAAAAGAGGGAGGGAGUCAACGUAGGCAGCUAUGGCUGGGGUCAGUGUGAUGUCCCUGUGUCAGCAAGCCUGACUGCCUCACUGCUGCAGCACUCUUCUUUCCUUCCCACUCGUCAUGUGCUUAUUUUGAAACAGUCCCUGACUUGAAGAGUGGGUUUUUUCCAGUGAAAUUUCCUUUGUGCUGUGCAGAAGGAGGCAGAGGGAUGGCUGGAGGAAAAAGGCUGUGUGGGGCCAAGCAAGUGCUGAUAAAACCAGCUUGGGUCUCUUCCCAGGGCUCGCCGGGCGCCGCUGCGGAGCGCGGAGGACACCGUGCGGCUGCCGCGGCAAUGGCAGGGGCUCCCCGGGGAAGCGGCCCGGGGGGCCAAGACUUGCUCUGUGCCGCUUCCCGGGGCACAGGCUCCGGUGGUGCUCGGCCCCGAGCGGCUGGAGAUGGACGUGUUGCACCAGGCGGGCCGGCCAAGGCGCGCUGGAGCACGCGGCAGGACUUGCGCCCGCGUCCCACGAGAUCCUCGCUCCUGCAGCAAGACCCCGGCCCGCGGCCGUUGUCCUCUGGGCCAGCCGCUGUCCCUCGCGUGGGUGGCCGGAGCUGUUCCUGCCCCUCGGUAUUUGCUAGGGAGCAAUGAAGCGAGUGGCUCCUUUUGAAGUGCAGCCCUGUCAGCUGCAAGUCCCGUCUGCCUCUGAUCUCAGAGUGCUGUGCAGAGCAGAUGAAAGCGGAAAGACACUGACUCCGCAGCUAACAACCUGCUCCCUAAUUAUUUACAUCCCACCUGCUUGUCCCUGGCUAAGUAUAAUAGACAUAACGGUGUCUGUCCCCAUCUC